AAACAAUAAAUUAUAAUUUUUCAACGUUUACUUUUGAAACAUCAGUGUACAUAGCUAAGCAAUCUCUUUCUCUGUAUAUUCUUCGCUAUUUUCUUAGCUGUCCUACAAAAUUUAUCACUAAAAAAAAAAAGAAAGAAAAAAGGUUCUUAAAAAUCCUUUCUUUUGUGCGCUGUAAUGUGUUUGAGCCUUGAGGCCACCUUAAAACAUUCAAACUCUCUUGCUGGCACAACAAAACAACGACACACAACAAGUAAAACCUGAGAGAGAGAGAGAGAGGGUAAAAGGGUAUUAGAUCCUUCAACCAGAUCAAAUUGAAAACAACCAACCCAUUUCUUGGUCUAGAUUUGUUAGCAUUGCAGAAGAACCAGAUACCCCCAACAAUGGAGGUUGUAGAGAAGGAGAAGAAGAAGUACAUCACCUCAGAGGAGCUGAAGGGUCACAACAAGGAGGGAGAUUUAUGGAUCUCAAUUCAAGGUAAGGUGUACAAUGUCUCAGAUUGGGUGAAGGAGCACCCUGGUGGUGAUGUUCCAAUCUUAAACCUUGCUGGCCAGGAUGUCACUGAUGCAUUCAUAGCAUACCAUCCUGGCACAGCAUGGUCACACCUUGACAAAUUCUUCACUGGCUACCACCUCAGUGACUUCAAGGUCUCUGAGGUGUCCAAAGACUACAGAAAGCUUGCAUCUGAGUUCUCAAAAUUGGGUCUUUUUGACACCAAAGGCCAUGUCACUUCUUGCACCCUUGCAUCUGUUGCUGUUAUGUUCCUCAUUGUGAUGUAUGGUGUGUUGAGGUGCACUAGUGUGUGGGCUCAUUUGGGCUCAGGCAUGCUAUUAGGGUUGCUUUGGAUGCAAAGUGCUUAUGUGGGUCAUGAUUCUGGCCACUAUGUGGUUAUGACAAGCAAUGGUUUCAACAAGGUUGCACAGAUCCUCUCUGGGAACUGCUUGACUGGGAUAAGCAUUGCUUGGUGGAAGUGGACUCACAAUGCUCACCACAUUGCCUGCAACAGCCUUGAUCAUGACCCUGAUCUGCAGCACAUGCCGGUCUUCGCCGUGUCCUCGCGGUUCUUCAAUUCGAUAACUUCUCAUUUCUAUGGGAGGAAGUUGGAGUUUGAUUUCAUUGCAAGGUUCUUGAUCUGCUACCAGCACUUCACUUUUUACCCGGUUAUGUGUGUUGCCAGGGUCAACUUGUAUCUGCAGACCAUUCUGCUAUUGUUUUCGAGGCGUAAAGUGCAGGAUAGAGCCUUGAACAUAAUGGGGAUCCUUGUGUUUUGGACUUGGUUCCCUCUUUUGGUGUCUUUCCUGCCAAAUUGGCCUGAGAGGGUUAUGUUUGUGCUUGCUAGCUUUGCUGUUUGUUCCAUCCAGCACAUUCAGUUCUGCUUGAAUCACUUUGCUGCAAAUGUGUAUGUUGGGCUACCGAGUGGGAAUGACUGGUUUGAAAAGCAGACAAGUGGGACAUUGGAUAUCUCUUGCUCCUCUUCGAUGGAUUGGUUCUUCGGUGGCUUGCAGUUUCAGCUUGAGCAUCAUUUGUUUCCAAGGCUACCUCGGUGCCAAUUGAGGAACAUUUCGCCUUUGGUCAGUGACCUUUGCAAGAAGCAUAAUUUGCCUUAUAGGAGCUUGUCAUUUUGGGAGGCCAAUCAGUGGACAAUUAGGACCCUCAGGACUGCUGCCCUACAGGCUAGGGACUUGACAAACCCUGCCCCUAAGAAUUUGUUGUGGGAAGCUGUUAAUACCCAUGGCUGAGGUAUUUGGAGUUUAUAGAGUUUAGGAUUUUGUCAAGGUCUUUUUUUUUUGUUUUCUCUUGAAAAAGAAAAAAAAAAAUCUCAUUGUGAUUUUGCUAGCCACCACUUUUCCAGUUUGGGCUUUGAAUUUAACUUUUUGUUGGGUGUGGUGUAGAAAUGGAUGGUGAUCCAGAUGUUACUGCAGUUCAUGUGCUUUUCAUCAAUACAAAAUUAAUAUCAUGUAUGCCCUUUUGCCUUUUUACUUCUAUUUCCUUACCUUGGCAUAGGGUUUCUUAAUGUCUGUAAGUUAUUAUACCAUCCGUGUUGAUCUUGUUAUACCAUGGUUGCAUCAUUACAAAAUUCAUAGUAUAC